AUGACCAUCAAGCACAGCAAAUUUCAAUCCAUUCUAUCCACAUCAGCAUCAGCAUCAGCAUCUACAAUCAAUACUUCCCGAAGUACACAAACAACUUCUCUUACCAAGCCUUCGAUUAAGAACCUUCACCAUGAAGUUCUCCGUGACUUGCCUCCUGAGCCUCGUGGCGCUCGUGACUUCGGGCAGCGCAGCCCUGCGGCUCUAGACGUUGCUGUGCCUGUACUGGCCCCCGAGAACGAUGUUGUCGAGAGAUCCGCGGAGUUGGAUAAGCGCUUCGGCCCUAUCGCCAUCCUGCUGAUCAAAGUGAUCGGAGGGCAGCUUGUAGCCGCAUCUGCAAAAGCGGCCAUCGAUGUUGCAAAGGCCCAUCUCGAGCCCGAGGGGCCUAAGUUCAAGGACUUCGACCAGGCCCGCAGAGCUUUCACGCCGGAAAUGGCCAAAGACCUCUAUCUGAAGAAGGUUAGCUCCGGUAUCAAAGGCGUCGCUUGUUUCAAUGGCCCGUAUUCUUGGGCUCCCGGCAGCCGCUACGAAGGCCCCAUUGAUAUCAAUUUCAAAUGGGACAUCUAUCACACCGACUAA